AUGGCAGAUACCAAGCUGGGAGCGACCGCCAUGGCGCAGUGUCAAGAGGGUUCGGCGGAGGAGGGGCAGGAGCAUCGCCUGCGGGCGGCGCUGCGCCACCUGCAGGCGGAGUCCGGAGUGCUCGAGCGCCUCAUCUACAAGCACCGGAACCAGCACCGUGGCGCCGCCUACUUCCAGUACCUCCUCAAGGUGCGGAGGGACAUGAAGCUACUUCUCAGUGCCAAUCUCGCGGAGGUCAUCAACGCGGUGUUCCCGGUCAUCACCUGUCAUAAGCCGGCCAACACUAUUCUUGUUCCGAACAGGCAGGGUAAGAGGAAGCCUGGUGCAAACCAUAGCCAUUAUAAGAGGCUUUUGGGGGUUGCCCGUUUGCUGUCCCAGAUGGCUGAACCUGUUAUGAAGGGAGCAGUUCAGAUCAGCUUUUUACUUGCUAGAUCUUUUUUUGUAGAACUUUGCACUGCAGUGCUUGCUUUGCUUGCAAGAGUGAGGGUCCUGACCCAACAGAUGUUACUUGAUGUUGUAUCAGUGCACAACAAGGUUACUGAUCUUACGGAUAAAAAGCAGGCUGUUAAGAUCAGUAUUGAUAAAGUACAGGCUUUCAGAGAGUACUACCCCUCGAGCAAUGAUCCCAAUACUAUCCUGGAGUGUGUAUGGGUGAAAGAUAAAUUUGUUUUGCAUGAAAAGACCAAAGCUAGCAGUCAGAAAACCCAAGAUGAGGGUCUGAAGUGCACUCCGGAUUCAUCAAUCAAGUAUGAGACCAUUGGACUUGUUAGUGAAGAUGUGACAUUAUCAGAGAUGGAAAGCCUUGAUGGAGCAAACACCCCAGCCAAGCAACAACAUGAUGCUUCUCUGUCUGACCAACCAGAUAAAGCCACCCGUUGCGGCGACGCUGGAGAUUCUCACAGUGGGAGGCGACUACCAAAUGAUCAAAACACUCCGGGCUCUCUUGUUAGCACGCCCGGUGCUGCGCCGGCACCACGCAGAGAUGUCAAGCCCGAUACGAGGAAGAGAGUGGCGUUCAUUGCGGUGGGGAAAACAAAAGUCACGGUGACACCGCCUGAAACAUCAUCAUCCGUAGCUGCCAAGAAGCAAAGAGUGGACACGAUUCCACGGACCACCGCAGGAUAG